CUGUUCCAGAACACCUGUUGCAGCCAUGAUGCCUGUUGCAACUGUGAUGCCUGAUGACACGCCGAUGUUUGACCCAAAUAUUCUGCAUGAACUUGACUGGAGUGAGAACACGACGACGUUUUCUCCUGCUAUUUCUCCUUUAGAUCCAGGAGAUGGCCUAGUUUUGAGACCGCUUUGCACAGCUGAUUUAAAUCGAGGUUUUUUUAAGGUUCUGGGUCAGCUGACUGAAACUGGAGUUGCAAGCCCAGAGCAGUUUAUCAAAACCUUUGAGCACAUGAAGAGAUCUGGCGAUUACUACGUUACUGUCGUAGAAGACACAAAUCUUGGACAGAUUGUCGCUACAGCAACGCUGGUGAUAGAACAUAAGUUCACUCACUCCUGUGCAAAGAGAGGAAGGAUAGAAGAUGUUGUAGUAAGCAGGGAGUGCAGAGGAAAGCAGCUUGGGAAGCUACUAACGUCCACCCUGACAUUGCUAAGUAAGAGACUGAACUGUUACAAAAUUACGCUUGAGUGUCUGCCAAAAAAUGUGGAUUUCUAUAAGAAGUUUGGCUAUUCGGUAUCUGAAGAAAACUACAUGUUUCAACGGUUCUUUAAUUAAGAACUUCUAGUCCUUUUUUUUUUUUUUUUUUUUUUGGUAAAGACUGUUGGUGGAGGAGCUUGUGCUACAAACAUUCUCUUCAUGGAAAAUUUAUAUAGUUUAUUGCUGCAAAUAUAAUGAUCCCUAUAAAUAAUGAACAUCAAAUGUGUAAAUCCUGAAAAAAAAAAAUUACUGACAAUUUAGAAGGGUCCUUUGGGUUAGGAAAUAAGAGCUUAGAACUAAUUUUUACUACUGUUCAGUCUAAGUGAAGCUUUUUUGUUCUAGCUGAGUUACAAAGGACUCUUGUUAAAGGGAUGGUUUUUAACCAAAGGUAUAUAUUUUUAUC